AUGUAUUUUAAGCCUGCUCUCGCUUGGAAAUGCACAAUUAAAAGGCCAUGGGCCCAAGGCAGUGUUGGAGAGCGUGAUACACUAGGGACUCAGCAACAUGCACCGUUACUGCAAAUCGACGUGCCUGCAUCAAAAGACACUUACACCAACGAAAUCUUUGUCGAUACAAAUUCGGUCGAAGGACCAAUUCGAAAAUACCACCUCAAUGGUGUUGCCCAUGUCGGCAGUGGCUUCAAUCGCCAAAAUUUCACAGCCCUUGCUGUAGUCAGAGAGCUCUGGGAAGGUAUGUGUAUGCCAUCCUCGGCACUGAAUUCUCUCACGCUUCUCGACGCAUCCGACUCGCCAGCUCUACGAUCUUCUUACACAAUUGGCAUCUUGGCUCAGAGUUCAAUUGCACUGUCCGCUCUUGCAGCUGCUCAGAUCCAUGCAAUCCGCAACCAAGUCCCAGUUCCUCGGGUUGAAGUUCUACUGAAACAUGCAGUCAUUGAAUGCAAGUCUGAGCGCCUCUAUAGGCUCAAUGGAAAACCCGCUCCGUCUCCAUGGGGCUUAGUAGGUGGCCUCCAUGAGACAUUAGACGGAUCUGUACGGAUCCACGACUCGUUCCCAAACCACGCGGAGGGCGCUUUAGAGCUAUUGGGAUUACCUAAAGACGCAUCACGGCAGCAAGUCUCACAAGAAACCGCAAAAUGGGCAAGUAUUGACCUUGAGUCAGUUGGUAUCUUUGAGAAUCGACUGGCUAUAUACAGUCUCCGCUCUUAUCAACAAUGGGACCUAUUACCGCGAUCCAAGGUGAUCUCCAAUCUCCCAAUUUUACUCAAGAAGCUGGCCAAUGGAUACUCUGGGCUGCCAGCGCAUAUACCGGAAGGUAGCGAUAAGUGUCUUAGGGGCUUACGCGUGAUAGAGAUGAGUCGGGUGAUUGCUGCUCCACUAGCUGGUAAGACUCUAGCAGCCCAUGGUGCCGAUGUGCUAUGGGUAACUUCGCCCAGCCUCCCCGCUCUUCCAACCAUGGAUCGGGAUUUUGAGUUGGUAAAAUCUGCGGAUGUAUUCAUACAGGGGCUUCGUCCCGGAAGCCUAGCCAGUCGUGGUCUAUCUGCAGAGGAAAUUAUCAAGACUAAUCCUGGAAUCAUUAUAGCGAAUAUGUCCGCAUUUGGCCCUACUGGACCGUGGUCCAACAGACGUGGAUUUGACUCACUAGUGCAGACCUGUAAUGGAAUGAAUGUCUCAGAGGCUGCACAUUUCGGAGCAGGAGAGGCUGCGAGACCACUCCCAUGUCAAAUCCUCGAUCACGCCGGCGGGUACCUGCUUGCCACGGGAAUCAUUGCAUCCCUGUAUCGCCAGUCGGGAGAAGGAGUAGCAUGGCAGGUCGAUAUAUCUUUUGCUAGCAUAUUGAAGUAUCUCCGCAGCCUAGGACAGUAUCCAGGAUCAAGUGGGUUUCGGUGCAAUGACUAUGAGUGCGCUGAGGAUGUUAAAGAGUACCUAGAAGCUUAUGAGAGUGGCUUUGGUCUUUUGGAAGCCAUGAGACAUAGUGCAGCAAUAGAAGGAUGCAGUGUGGGGUGGGAGAUAAUGCCAAAACGCUUGGGGAGUGAUGGGCCAAAGUGGCUUCGAUAA